AUGGACUCCCAACAUCGUGAGACAUGCGAUGCGUGCCAUUAUCGCAAAGUGCGCUGUUCCUCAGCAACAGGAGGUAUGGGUGCCUGCUUGAAUUGUCAACGGCAUGGCCGACAAUGCGUCUUCAGCCCACGGAAGGAAAUGGGGCGACCGAGAAAGUCGAAACGGUCAUGCUCGCAGGUAGAUGUUGAUGAGGUUUCAUCGAUUGAAGUGCACCAGCUUCCGGAGCUGGUGCAUCACCCCCAGUCAGAUGAUGGCGGGCCUCUAUUGUCAUUAGAACCAGCUCUUCAUCCGCCAGGAAAUGACCCGGCUUGCUGGCCAUCGGAUGGUUCCCAGUUGUCUUCGGACCAGUUAGUCCCACACCAGACACUUUUUCCAGCUGAGGCGGCAUCAACAAGCGAUCCGCACUUUGGCCCUCCUCUUAGUAACAGACGCGUGCCGUCUCCUAUGGUUGAAGGCCACAUCGGUGGUGGUUACUACUCACAAGAUACCUUCCCGAUUGAAGUUGAGGCCCUCUGUGCCAUGGGGCCACGGGAACCUCUUCAAGGCCCUGAAAACGUGGGCCACCAGCAGUCUGCAGUCACUGAUUCACGACUGGAGGUGUACGACCGACUAUCCCCUCUCCUGUUUCAACUCACGCGAGACAGCCAGGCUCUAAAACGUGUCAAACCAUGUUCUGGAGCUGAACUGGAGUCGGUCUUCUUUUCCGUGUCUGCAUUAUGCGAUAUAAUUCACACCAUAGCGCUAUCUGAGCAAGGCCUAGGACUACAGAGCUGCGGCUUCUACAGUUUUCAGUCGCGCAAUGAAACCGUUGUUCUAGCUCUUACAGCGGUGCUCAUAGUUCUUGAGAUCUACGAGCUGCUUGCACAGAACGCCAUCAAUGACAUGCCGCUUCUGGAGCAAACCAAAUCAGGAGAGCGUGAGGUCCUGCCCAUCUUCUCCUCGGGCCAACAAUCUCCUUCCUCACACGCAAGCCCCGGUCGCGGGCUGCACACAUACGGGCGUCUAGACACCGUGGUUCGGUACACCGUCAUGGACUUUCACUUAGGGCAACUGCGGCGGCUCCUGGAGUUCAACAUGGAGGGUUCUACGUCCUGGCAGCCAAAUGCCAUAUAUCAUUUAGAGUCAACCAGGGGGCGGCUUGAUGCCCUACGGAUGUGGAUUCAAGACUUGGUUAGCCAGGCAUGA